GGCAGAAAUCUUCACUCCAGGGGCAAUGAACUCGGAGGUUCAGUUUCAAGCCAUGCAGCAAAUGCAACAAAUGGCGAUGGUUGGUGGCGUUGGGGUGGAGAUGGAGAACCCCGAAAUGCCGGAGGAGAGCUGGGAUGCCUGCUGGGAAUGGCUUCAGAAUGGCUAUUGCCCACGAGGAGAAACCUGCAGGUGGGACCACCCUGCCCUGCAGUUCCCGGAUGGAAGCCUCGCGGUGUGGCCGGGGCAUCAACCCGAGAUGCAGACCGAACAAGUCUUUGUCAUGAUCCCGGCGGAGAAUUUCUCAUGUCAAGGCUGUCAAGGAGCCCCUGGUUCCUGGACCGGUCCUUUCGCCGGAGAUCAGAUGGUGGGGGCUAUGGCCUGUGAUGCCGUGGCUAUGCCCUGUGCCUGCAGCGGAGUUUGUGGCUGCGGGGGCUGUCCUCAACUGCCACCCGGAGAUGCACCCUUCUGUGGUGAUAGCAGUGCGGUACCCGCGAUUGCGGCAGAUGGCCAAGUCGCCAGAUGAAGGCAGAAACGUACAGUGAAUCCUGCAGCGCGACCGCGCUCUUUUGCGGCGCGCGGUUUCGGAACACGCCCGAAGAAGAGGUGAUACAACAUACUUGGCGAACCUGGCGAAUGCCCUGUGUUGCC